CAAACAUGCCUCCACGUUUUUGAUAAUGAUAUGUGCAAAUAAACAUUGCUUUGAAAUUAAAAUUACAUUUGAUUAACGAAGCAAUGAAUAUAAAACACAAAAGACCUGUACCCUCGCCUCUCAAAAAUAGCUGUUAUGUUACAGUGUGAGGGGAAACUAAAACAACGGAAAUACGUUCCAAACUGAUGUUUAACGUGGAUAGAAUUCUUGUAUGUUAACAUCGAGUGUAUAACAUCUUAGAAAAAUUUCUUCAUUCUGUUGUAUUGCAAAAGACACUUCUAUUAUGAUAUGCGACGGGUUACAUUUUUUCUUUGUUUCCGUUUCUAGGCGUGUUCACUUACUACGCCCAUCUCCAAGACAUUGCUUCUGGCAACAGGUUCUUCAUUCCCUAAAUACAUUUUCUCUUUUUCCGUUUUCUAUGUGUGGUUGCUUACUACUCCGCCCAUCUUCAAGACACUGCUCAGUACCCCAACCUCAAGAUGAACCUCUUCCACAACUUCCAGGAGAUUGGUAAUGCCAUCAUCUUGAUGAAGAUGAUGGAGCAGUGUAUUGCCGUUGAGGGGGGCCUGUGAUCUUCUCCACGCUUCACCGUUCCAGAACAUCCCAAAGCCGCAUGUCAAAUAGAGGGUGACAUGCUGAUGAGGGAGAAACUGUGUUGCGGACUGACCAUGUUUGAGAUCAUCCUACACCGUAUCAAGGGAUUCUUAUCUGACACCAUUCUACAGGGUCCCGAACCAGCGAAUGUUGUCAUGGUCAUCGAUGAGUGCUCUGAAGUCCACAGAUUGUGGAGUGCCUUCCAGUUUGUCUACUGCCUACCACUCAAGGAGCAUAACUUUACAUCUGAGGAGAGCUAUGGUGAAGGGCUGAACUGGGCCGGCUGUGCCUUGAUCACUCUGCUUGGACAACAGAAACGCUUUGAAGCACUGGAUUUCUGCUACCACAUCCUACGAGUGCAGAAAGUGGAUGGUGUAGAUGCAGACAUCAAUGGCAUUCCCAUCGGUCGUCUCGUAGACUGCAUCUGCAAGUACCAGAUUCUCAACAACCAAAUCCUCUCUGUCCUGAACAAGUACCUAAAGGCAAAUGAGAGUGACACCUCGUCUGAAGAGAAAAUACGUUGCUAUCAGCCACCAAUUCAUCAGUCCGUCAUUGAUGCAGGAGUGUAAGAACAGAAAUGAUGGAAGACUGAAGAGGCAUGGUGGAAGGGCACUAGCAAGGAUUUGCAAAUGAAGUUUUUCAACACGAUGUAAACUGAAAAAUAAGGCAUCUUUAAUAACAGAGUGUUUCAUAAGACACACCAUGGAGGAAUAAAUUAGCCUCCAUGGACACACACAUGCCUAUAUCUGGCAAAUACCUUGAUGUGAUGUAUUGAAGUUUUGAAGUUAAGACAGUCCCUCUAUUUUUUACUCAAGAUUGGGCGAAACAAUCCCCUCAAAACCAAGACGUUCAAGUUCAAAAUUGUCUUCAACUCUUGUACUCCUCAACUUAGAGUUUGUACCCAAAAAUCCACCAGCAAACUGACAGUCCUUCUAUUUUUACACAAGCUGUCUCAAAAUGGUUGUUUAUUUGUUUUGUAUAUAGAGGAAACAACUGAUAAGGGGGGUUGCAUAAGUAAGAACAUUUUGUGUAUGUACUUGUAGGUUGCUUCUUGCCUGUUUCUUAACAUUUUGCAAGUUGGUUAUCUAAAAGACAGAAAAGUUUUUUAAAUGAUAUAAAAGGAAUUGCUAUUAAUUUUGUUGUUAAUCAAGCCUUGACGGUGUGGAACUAAAGUACAGAUUUUUCAGAAAGAACUUAUGAAGAAAAAGCAUCUGGCUGACAAGCUAUAUCAAACAGGUUUAGGAUGCAUUUAUAAGAUAUGACUUUUUUGGACUAUUCUUUAAAAAAAUAAAUUUUAAGUUAACACCCCCUCCCCCGAAAGAUGUAUUUUUGUUUUAGUCUUUGUUAAGCGAGUAAAAUUAGUGGAAUAAUAAAAGAUAAUGUACUGCAAUAAGGUGUCUCUAGCAAAGAGACCUAUUGCAGGUUAUUAUUUACAAACAAUAAUUUUUAAGCUAAGGACCCAUUUAGUUGACCUUUAAAAAAAUCCUUAAAAAGUGCAGAGAAAUCAACUUUAGGUCCUAGCAUUGGGUAUAGAUAUUCAGCUUGCUCAACCUUAAUUUUACAUCACUUUAAAGGGACACGUUGCAUUGGAUCG